AUGUAUUAAGUGUCAGCACACACGUACAGUCAGACUUACACAGCGACCAUGGGCGGUUGUGUCAGCAACGAAAUGAGUCAAAUUCCUGAGAAAUUUUCUCGUCGGUGAGAUUUUGUGCUGUUUUCCGAGAGGAGGUUUCGUUCAAUUGGAUAUUUCAAACGGUUUACCUAGCAAAGUGGGCAGCCGAGGACCGUGCGUCACAUCAAGAUUCUGCAAUGGAUGCAAAUCCAUUCCGAGUCAGGGGGCAUGGUGCCAACCAGGGAGGAGCAGCGGAUGGGAGGCGUCGGCAGGAAAACGACCAACCAAGGGAUCAAGGAAAUCCAGGAAGAUUUGGCAAUCAGCGUGGCCAGGAGCGUGGUGGUGGGUAUGGCUGGGGGCGUGGUCAAGGACGAGGACAAGGGCGUGGUCAAGGACGUGGUCACUUCAGAAAUGUUGGUCCUAAUCACCAAGAUCACAGAGACCAAGAAGGUUUUCAAGAUGGUCAAGGAGCAAGGCCCCGCACCCAAAGGGAACGCCCCAUCAGGCAGCCUGGGUACAGAAUGUUACAGUCUUUGCUGGAUGAGGAGAAGUGCCCUGCUGAGGUAGUCCAAGAACUUACCUCCUUCGGGAAAGGUUUGGAGAGUCUGCUGCGUGAGCGUGAGAUCAGGCGCGACAUGAUGGUGCUUCUCAUUCAAGUCAUGGACAGGGUCUGUGACUGCGAAGACUCCCCUCAGUCUGUGGUCCGGGUCUUGAAUGCGAUCGUCGACACAGACUUCCUCAGCAGGAAUCUUAGUCAGCACAUCAACAGCAUGACGACCGAGUUUGACGACAGGUAUUUGAUGAAGGUCCCUGAUCUGAUUGGCUCAAUCUUGAAGCUGAUGCAGACGCUCAUCCAGAAAGUCCAGAACACCAUGAAGGAUGUCCACGUUGUCCUCACGCUCAUUGACUCUGUUGCUAGGACUUUAGAGACAAAGGGUUACCCACUGGAGAGUGAAACCAAGGUUCUAUUGAGCCAGCUGCUUCUUUGCUGUCAGCAGAGAGAAAAAGAAAAGGCGCACAGAAGCCAGCGACAGAGAACGGACCAGGAAGCACCACCACCAAACGACUUCAGAGAAAUUCCCAUAUUCCCGGAUGUUGCUGAAAUCACCACGAAUGCUGACAAUUACCUUAGACCCAAUGUGGUGCAUGGGAGGUAUCGAGACCUCAACCAUUACCUCGAUGUCCAGUUCCGCCUUCUGAGACAAGAUUUCUUGGAACCAUUGAAACUUGGCAUCGCAGAGUAUCACGUGUCCCUUGCACAAACCAAUAUGAAGCGCAAAUUGAGAGAUAUUCGCAUCUACCAUGAUGUUGGGGUGCAUUUUCCCAUCUGCACCAAUGAAGGGAUCACACACCGCGUGAGCUUCGACAUCUCCAAGCUCAGGAAGGUUAGAUGGCAAGCAACAAAGCGACUCACUUUUGGAUCCCUGGUUUGUUUGUCCAAGGACAACUUCCAGUCAGUUAUAUUUGCAACUGUUGCGAACCGAAAGCCAGAGGAGCUGGAGGAAGGAUUAGUGGAUUUGCGGUUUCAGGAUAUGGCACGCGUCUCAGAAAUAGACUCCUCGGAUUGUUUUAUAAUGGCAGAGUCGUCCGCUUACUUCGAGGCCUACCGUCAUGUUUUGCAAGGCCUGCAGGAAGUCAAUGACAACAGUCUACCCCUACAGCGUUACAUCAUCGAGGUCUCAAGUGAUGUGAAGCCCCCUCAGUAUCUUCGCCGUAAUAGGUUUUCUACCUAUGACCUGUCUUCGCUGACGCACACAGAGGAAGAAGGUGACAAGGAUGAUGAGGGUAAAGUUCUACGUGACCUUAGGAGGCUCAGCACAAAGGCCAGCGCAGUACAAGUCUUGACUCCAUCUAGUUGGCCCCGAGCUGAAACUUUGCAUCUAGACGAGUCGCAGCUUAAAGCCGUUCAUGCUGCACUGACGCAAGAAUUAGCCGUCAUACAGGGACCACCAGGUACAGGCAAAACCUACAUAGGUCUGAAGAUUGUGCAAGCUCUCCUUCACAAUAGAGAAGUGUGGAAAGAAGAUGACGAACCAAACCCCAUCUUGGUGGUUUGUUACACCAACCACGCCCUAGAUCAAUUCCUCGAGGGGAUCAUGAAUUUCAAUCAGAACAUUGUUCGUGUCGGUGGCAGGAGCAACAGCGAGGAUAUGAAGGACAAAAACCUUAACUUUCUGAAGAGAGAACAGCGGCGUAAACGGGAUGUUCAGCGCGCAGUUCAUAUCCGAACUAGCAACAUCUUGAGAGAAAUGUACUCCCUGCGUCAAUGCAUGGAGGUCUCCCAGAGGAAAGUCGAAAAAAGCAUGAAGGGCAUCAUCAAUGAGGACUUUCUGCAGCCAUUCAUGACAAAAGAACACUAUGCAACCCUCACGGUAAUCUUUCGUGAAACAGGCUAUAACAGGCCGACAUCUUACAUACUUGAAUGGUUGGGACUUUCAGGAACCUUUCGUGUAGCAACGGGCCAGGAAGUUGGUAUCGCUGCAUUCAUGGGACAAGAUGACGAGCCAGAAGAAGAUGAUCAGGAGGAAGAUGAAGAGUUUGCUGUUGCUGAGGAGGCAGAUGCGAUAGCAGAGCAGCGUAUUCUUGAUGACAAGGAGGAUGACAUGUUUCUCUUUGAUGAAGAUCCUCAAGAAAACCACCUUGUCUUGGAUAUCGACAGUUUGGUUGCAGCACAGCCUGAACAAGAGGGAUGGCAGAUGCAAUCACAUCAAAAGAAGCGAAUGAGAAAAAUGCUCUUGCACAACCUUAGAAAAUCUGAGAAAAUGACAGAAAGAGACGCUGGGAGAGUGAAGAACGUUUGGGCAAUUGGAGACAUCAACAGUCGUUGGAAGCUGUACCGUUACUGGGUCAGCGAGUAUAGCAAGAAUGAACGGAGACGAAUGGAGAUCGUGCAAGAAAAGUACGAGGCCCUAUCACAGGAACUGAAGGAGGUUCGUGUUGAGGAGGAUCUUUCCAUACUGCGUCGGGCUAGCGUGAUCGGUAUGACAACAACAGGUGCUGCGAAGCAUCGCAAUGUAUUGCAACGUGUUGGUCCUAAAAUUGUGGUUGUAGAGGAGGCAGCAGAGGUUCUUGAAUCUCACAUCGUCACCACAUUGAGUGCCGAGUGCCAGCAUCUUAUACUCAUUGGGGAUCACCAGCAACUGAGACCAAACCCCACUGUCUACCGCUUAGCUAAAGACUUCGAUCUUAACAUCUCCCUCUUUGAGCGGAUGAUAAAAAAUGGCGUGCCUUGUCAGUCUCUGGUCCAGCAACAUCGCAUGCGUCCAGAGAUUUCAACAAUCAUGAGGAACCACUUCUAUCCAGACUUGAAGAACCACGAGAGUGUCCGAUCUUAUCCGAAGAUAGCCGGAAUUAGUUCAGAUGUAUUCUUCCUCGAUCACGAUAUUGAGGAGGAAGAGGUUGAUGACUCUCGUAGCAAAUCCAAUACCCACGAGGCAGAGGUCCUGGUGGCACUGUGCAAGUAUCUGAUACAGCAAGGUCAGUACCAGCCCACACAGAUCACAAUCCUCACGACCUACGUGGGUCAACUCUUCAAUUUUAAGCGUUGCAUGCCCAGGUCUUUCUUCAACGGUGUUCGCGUAUGUGCUGUCGACAAUUUCCAAGGGGAGGAAAAUGACAUCAUCCUGUUGUCUCUGGUCCGUAGUAAUCAAGAAGGUAACAUUGGGUUCUUGAAGGUGUCAAAUCGGAUGUGUGUGGCCCUGUCCAGGGCGCGACAUGGUUUCUUUUGCAUUGGGAAUUUCCAAGGGUUGGCGCAUGGAGAUUCACUGUGGAAGAACAUUGUACAAGAGAUGCGCGGGAGAGGUUUGUUGGGGCGAUAUUUGAGUUUGGUUUGCCACAAUCAUCCCAAAACUAUCACAAGGGUCAGCACGUCAAAAGAUUUCCUCAAUGUGCCCGAGGGCGGGUGCAGCUUGGCCUGUGCGUUCAGACUCGAUUGUGGCCACAGCUGUGGCAUGCUUUGCCAUCCAACUGACUCUGAGCAUAAAGAGUACAAGUGUCUGAAGAAGUGUGAGAAGGUCCUCCGUUGCGGGCACAGGUGUAAACUGCUCUGCUUUCAAAAAUGCGACAGGUGCAAAGAAAAAGUUGACAAGACUCUGCCAUGCCGGCAUCAAAAGAAAAUCCCAUGCUACCAGAAUCCAGACUCGGCCACAUGUUUGGAGCAGUGCAUGAAAAAGCUCCCCUGUGGUCACAGGUGCCGUCGAAAAUGCGGGGAGGAGCCCUGUACUGAAAUCUGUCUGGAAACAGCCUUUCGCAGUGACUGGCCUUGUGGACACGCUGUGCAGGUCAAGUGCAGUGACGGCCCAGAGAAAUGUCCAAAGAAGUGUGGAGUUGAGUUGGAAUGUUCUCAUCAGUGUCAAGGUUCCUGUGGGGCUUGUAAGAGAGGCCGGCUGCAUGUACAGUGCCAGCAGAAGUGCAACCGCACCUUAGUUUGUAGUCAUCAGUGUACUGCAUUGUGUACACGUGAGUGUCCUCCUUGCGCUGAGAAGUGUAAGAACCGUUGUGUCCACAGCAAGUGUCCGAAUCGCUGUGGGGAUCCAUGUGCCCUCUGUCAAGAGCCUUGUGCAUGGCGAUGCCCUCACUACCGAUGCAGUAAGAAAUGCAGCGAAGCUUGUGACAGACCGCCGUGUAACAGACCUUGUCCGAGUAGGCUUGGGUGUGGUCAUCCAUGUAUUGGCUUGUGUGGAGAACCUUGUCCUGACAAAUGUCGUGUAUGUCACAGAGAUGAAGUGACAGAGAUACUGUUUGGAGACGAAGAUGAGCCAGAUGCCCGGUUUGUCCAACUUGAAGACUGUGGUCACGUGUUUGAAGUAGGAAAAUUUGAUCAGUGGAUGGAAAUGAAAAAUGAGGAGCAGAAGUCAAUUCAGUUGAAGGCGUGCCCAAGAUGCAACACACCAAUCAGACGGAAUCUUCGCUACGGUAACAUAAUCAAUGAGACUUUGGCAGAUAUUGAGCUGGUGAAGGAGCGUAUAUUUGGUACCAAACGGGAAAUUGCCGCGAAAAAGGUCCAAGUCCGAACCAUGCUUUAUUCGGUAGCGACGGAUGUCGACUUAGACACUUUUGCCGAUCGAAUUAGCCGUCCAAUGGGUCUAGCUGAAUUAACAACCAUCGAAAAUCAGUUGCUACUCCUUAAGGACAUGGCCAAAGCGAAGAAGAAGGCCACAGACGUUGCGCGAGAUGUUCCCCAGUACAUCAGAAAGAUAGAGGUGCAUAGGAAGAACCUCUUGGAAUUAGAGAAGUGGUUGCUGAAACCUCGCAUGUACCUCAGCACGCAAGAACUUGACGACUGCAGCCGUGAGGUACAGCGCCUCUCAAUGUGCUUUAGUUUCUUCUUCAUCAAGGCAAAGGUCCAGGCCGCGGCCAGUAACAGUAACAAAGCGAGCGUACAGAUCGUUGAAGACCUGCUUCUCAGCGGUAAACCUCUUGAGGAGAACAGUGUGAAGACUGUCAAGACGUUGCUGGAGAAACUAAGAAGAGAGUGCACCGGGCUCGGAAUAUCAGAGACCGAGCGAGUCAUGAUUGUGAAAGCCAUGGGGUUUUCAAAGGGUCACUGGUACAAGUGUCCUAAUGGUCAUUGUUAUACCAUUGGAGACUGUGGCGGGGCGACUGUGGAAAGUACCUGCCCCGAGUGCAAGGCGGCGAUUGGAGGAACAGGUCACCGUCUUGUUAGUGGCAAUGCCCUUGCCUCGGAGAUGGACGGGGCUAGAUAUUCAGCAUAUUCUGAAGAGGCCUUCAUGGAAAACUAUGACCUCAGAGAAUUCUAAAAAGCUUUAGAGGAGGGUGCACAUGGCCCAUUGGGGAGUUGGACAACAGAGAGAGGAAGAGACCAUCAUCAAUUAUUAUAAUGAUUAAUUAUUAUGGUAAUAAUGUGCAUAUUUCAUCAACAAAGCUUAAAGCUUGGGAAUUUGGUGUUAAUUCGUUAUUGAAAUCUAAAUAUAUGAACUUGAAUUAGUCGUUCAAAUCUGACUUCAAUUCUGAAAUCGGCGAUUGCUGUUUUCCAAUCACGACAGAUAAUGUUGUUACUGACAUACGAUUCGAUUCCGAUUCGUGAGUGUAAACUUUGUUGGAACUGAACAUUAAGAGACCAAGGCCACUGGUGGGAUUAAAUAAACUUAGAAAAGCUAUGCAAAGAACUAAGAUAAAUGGAAUUAUGAUAUAAAAUUUCAUGAAGUACAUUUACUGGAUUGUUUUGACAGACGGUUGAUUUAAUUCACUCUGCAAUUUUAGAAAACAAAACAAACAAGUGAGUCGACAUGGCUCAAGUGUAAACAAAAAAGUAAUUUCAAUUACAAUACAAUUUUAGUUUAUUCUUUGUAAGUGUUAGUCGUAGUAUGACAAAAUUGUGUGGUAAAAUGAUAUAAAACAAGGGGCUAUAGGGUUUCGUGCGAGGAUUGUUGACUGUAUAUCAACUGGACUAACUAUGGGCGUCGCAAGGGGGGUGCUUGCCACACCCCCCCCCCCCCCAAAGGCAACCAAAAAAGGAGGAAAAAGAAAGAAAAAGAGGCGCGAAGUCAUAUUGCUGUUAAUUAAAUGGGUGAGGGGGGGGGCCAAACGUCCCUGCCCACCCUCGAAAAUGAUCAAUCGAGAAUGUGCUGGAAAAGUGCAGGGAUUUUUUUUUGGGGGGGGGGGUGUGCUUUGCCCCCCUCUAGAAAAAAAUCCUGGCGACGCCCAUGGGACUUACUUAAUUACAUGCCUCACUAGUGAUUGGGUGAUAGUGACACUUUAAACUGAAAACCUCAGUGAUAGCGAUAACCUUUUCUUGUAAAAAUGAUGAAUGAAGAAAGGUUUCUUGGUCGAAGCUGGUAAAAUAGGUUUAAACGUCAAAUUAUUUGAUUUUGAAUCUUGUACAUAGCGCUUUGCAAUGCCAAUAUUUGUAAUUUGGUGCAUGAUGAUGUCUUAUGCUCUUGGUGUAUGUUCUUAGAAUAACGGGAGAUAUACAUGUAAUUUUAUAAAUAAACCUUACAAUUGGAAUUAA